UGCUGCCCGCGCUGCGUCUGGCGUUGGUGACUCCGUCGGGGCUCGCCUCGCACUCGCCGGAGGGAGAAUGGCGAGGAGCCGCCGUGCAGCCCCGCUUCUUGCCUCGACGCCGCCAGGCGCGGCGAUGGCAGGUAUCGUCUUGGCGCUCUGCUGCUGCUGCUGCCGCCCCGGGAGCGCACAGAUGGCUCUGCCGGGCUACCCCCAGGAGCCGGGGCUCAGCCUCCACCCGCCGUACUUCAACCUGGCGGAGACCGCCCGUAUUUGGGCCACGGCCACCUGCGGCCAGGAUGAGAGUCGGAAGCCACGCCUGGAGCUCUUCUGCAAGCUCGUCGGGGGCCCCGCUGCCUCCCCCGCCGGCCAAACCAUCCAGGGCCAGUUUUGUGACUAUUGCAAUGCUGCUGAUCCUAGCAAAGCCCAUCCAAUAACCAAUGCAGUAGAUGGGACAGAGCAUUGGUGGCAGAGUCCUUCUCUCUCCCAAGGCUUGAAAUAUGAUGAAGUUAAUGUCACUUUAGACCUAGGACAGUUCUUUCACGUGGCCUAUAUCCUCAUCAAAUUUGCAAACUCUCCUCGUCCAGAUCUAUGGGUUUUAGAAAGAUCGGUAGACUUUGGAAGAACUUACAUACCAUGGCAAUUUUUUGCUUAUUCUAAGACAGACUGCUGGGAACUUUUUGGAAAGGAGGCUAAUGUUCGUGUUAGAAGGGAUAAUGAUGUCAUAUGCACUACAGAAUAUUCCCGGAUUGUGCCUUUAGAAAAUGGUGAGAUUGUGAUAUCAUUGGUUAAUGGUCGCCCAGGAGCAAAUAAUUUCACCCACUCUUCUGCGCUGAGAGAAUUUACUAAGGCAACGAAUAUCCGAUUACGUUUCCUCAGAACCAAUACUCUUCUUGGACACUUGAUAUCUAAAGCUCAACGGGAUCCCACAGUGACUCGCAGAUAUUACUACAGUAUAAAAGACAUCAGCGUAGGUGGACAGUGUGUUUGCCAUGGACAUGCUGAUGUCUGUGAUGCAAAAAGUGACGAGAGCCUAUUCAGGUAUCAGUGUGCAUGUCAGCACAACACAUGUGGGGAAACCUGUGACCAUUGCUGUGUUGGAUAUAACCAGAGAAAAUGGCAACCUGCAACAGCUACCAGCACAAAUCAGUGUGAAUCCUGCAACUGCCAUGGACAUGCCAGUGAUUGCUAUUAUAGUCCUGAGGCUGAACAACGUAAAGAGAGCUUAGAUCUCUCUGGACAGUAUCAUGGUGGAGGAGUUUGCAUCGAUUGCCAGCACAACACAGCUGGUGUAAACUGUGAGAGGUGUUCAAAGGGCUAUUAUCGUCCUUAUGGUGUUCCAGUGACAGCACCAAAUGGAUGUAUACCUUGCAGCUGUAAUCCAGAACAUUCUAAUGGUUGUGAGGAAGGAUCAGGUCACUGUUAUUGUAAACCGAAUUAUCAGGGCAAGCACUGUGACCAGUGUGCUGAAGGAUACCAUCGCUUUCCUUUCUGUGACCGGAUUUCUGUUCAUCCUGUUGGUACUCCAAGCCCUGAAGAUCCUUCUGCAGGUCAUAUACUUGGGUGUACUUGUGAUGCAGUUGGAUCUGUCGACAGCACAUGUAGUCCUCAGGGUCACUGUUUUUGCCACAGAAACUACGCUGGGCCACAGUGCGACCAGUGUGCUGCUGGUUAUUACAGUUAUCCCAGUUGCUUGCCUUGUCAGUGUAUAGCCAGUGGCUCCUACCAUGACACGUGCAAUUCAGCUACAGGGCAGUGUGAAUGUCGACCAGGAAUUACAGGUCAACAGUGUGACAGAUGUCUUUCAGCAGCCCAUCACUUUCCUCAUUGUCUAGGUGUUGACAGUGAAUGUGACCCUGCUGGAACUCUUGUUUCAUAUUCUGGCUAUUGUCAGUGCCUGCAAAAUGUAGAAGGUCCAACCUGUAGCACCUGCAAACCACUAUACUGGAAUCUGGCUAGAGAAAACCCAGAGGGAUGUAUAGAGUGCCAGUGUGCUGCAGAUGGAACUCUGAGUGGAGUCAAAGAAUGUCAACAGUUGGAUGGCAAUUGUUACUGCAAGCCAAAUGUUUGUGGUGAUUCCUGUGAUACUUGUGAGGACGGUUAUUACAGUCUUGAAGGACGGAAUUAUUUUGGAUGUCGAGGAUGCCAAUGUGAUGUGGGGGGGUCUGUAAGUCACGUGUGCAAUUAUGAGUCGGGGGCCUGCGAAUGCAGAAGACACAUUGUUGGAAAGUCCUGCAAUGAGCCUGAAAAGAACUACUAUUUUCCUGACUUACAUCACCUGAAGCUUGAAAUAGAAGAUGGUACAACACCAAAUGGAAAAAGAAUUCGGUUUGGAUAUGAUCCUCAAGAAUUCCCUGGCUUUAGUUGGAGAGGUUAUGCACAGAUGUCUUCUAUACAAAAUGAAGUGAGGAUAACUUUGAAUGUGGAGAAAUCAAACCUCUAUUUAUUUCAUAUUAUCUUGAGAUAUAUUAAUCCUGGAACUGCAGUAGUAUCUGGCCACAUAAUCACUUAUCAGUCUCGGCCUCCGAAAGGGACUGCUGAGACCAAAGACAUCAUGUUCUUGCCCAGCAGGAAGCCGGCGUUUGUAGCUAUCCCAGGAAAUAACUUCGCAGACCCAUUUUCACUUGCCCCUGGAACUUGGAUUUUAAAAAUCAUGGCAGGGGAAGGGGUUCUUCUGGAUUAUCUGGUUCUGUUACCUAGUGAUUACUAUGAAGCAUCCAUCUUAAAAUUGCCAGUUACAGAGCCUUGCACAUAUUCAAGACAUGGUACAACAGAUAGUUGUCGAGAAUACAGACAUUUGCCACUGGACAGAUUUUCUUGCACGCUUGGUUCAGAAGUAACAUAUUUCUUACACGGAGGAGAAUACAGGAAAAUAGCUUUCCAACAGCCAGCAUCCCAGCAUCCAGUGAUGUCACAUAUCAGUGGUCGAGAGGUGGAUUUGAACAUAAGACUGAAUGUUCUCCAAGUCAGCCGCUAUGUGGUGGUCCUUGAGUAUCUUAAUGAACAUGAUCAAGUGUAUGUUGCUGAUGUAAAAAUUAACAGCCCUGAGGAAGUGAUGGAGGCAAAGGUGUAUAUAUACAGCUGCAAAUAUAGCUUCUUGUGUCGCAGUGUAGUGGUUGAUACCAUGAAUCGAGUGGCAGUGUAUGAUCUUUUGGCGGAUGCAAAGUUACAUCUCCAUGCAUCAUCAAUAGAUUUCUUACUGCACAAAAUUUGCAUUAUUCCAGUGGAAGUUUUUUCCCUAGAGUACGUGGAACCUAAAGUGCAUUGCAUUGCUGCUUAUGGCCCUACACCUGAUUCAAGUGUCUCAUGCAUCCCCUCACAAGAUGAAACUCCUCCUGAUGCCUUGGUUUUGGAUGCUCAGAGGGAUGGGAAGAUUAUAAAAGUGGAAAGCAAUAUCCUGAAUCCUCAGGAUUCAACGAGUUCUCCUUUACUGUCUUCUCACCUAGCCAAGGGAGUAACUUUGACAUCUUCACAGAACCAAGUUACCCUGAGUGGCAAAGUGACACAUUUGGGCAGAUAUGUAUUCAUCAUACAUUUUUACCAGCCAGAGACCUCAACAUUUCCUGUGCCUGUUAUUGUGAAUGCAGGACGCAUCUGGUCAGGCUCCUUUAAUGCUUCAUUUUGUCCACGUAUUGUUGGAUGCCGGGAUCUGGUGAUGGCAGAAAAUCAAAUUGAACUUGAUAUCCCUCAAUAUGAUUUCUCAGUAACUUUGAAAAUUCCCACUGGAAAAAUAUUAACUUUGGAACGCAUUCUGGUUAUUCCAGCAGAAAGUUACAGUUACAGACUUCUUCACAAAGACGCUGUUGAGAAGUCUUUUGAUUUCAUCCGUCACUGUGGUGGAAACAGUUAUCACAUUGACCCGAUAACUUCCUCAGAAUUCUGUAGAAAUUCUGCAAGGUCACUUGUGGCUGCCUACAACAAUGGAGCUUUGCCUUGCAAUUGUCACAGAAAUGGAGCCACAAGCCCUACUUGCAACCCUGUCGGGGGACAGUGCAGCUGCAAGCCCAACAUCAUUGGUCGGCGAUGUAGCAAGUGCCGAACGGGCUAUUAUGGAUUUCCAUUUUGCAAAUCAUGCAGUUGUGGGCGGCGCCUUUGUGAUGAUGUAACUGGGAAAUGUAUCUGUCCCCCUCAAACUGUUAAGCCCAGAUGUGAAGUAUGUGUGAAGCAGCACUUCAGCUAUCACCCAUUCGCUGGCUGUGAGGUGUGCAACUGCUCAGCCAAAGGAAUUGUUAAUGCUGCAUAUCCAGAGUGUGAUAAAAUUAAUGGGCAGUGCAAAUGCCGAUCAGGAAUAACCGGUCGACAGUGUGAUCGAUGUGCUCCUGGUUCAUAUGGUUUUCCUGACUGUAAACCCUGCAAAUGUAACAGAGAUGGAACAGAAUCUGAUGUUUGUAAUCCACAGACAGGAGUUUGCCUCUGUAAGGAGAAUGUUGAAGGUACACAAUGUGACAUAUGCCGUCCUGGGUCAUUUUAUUUGGAUUCCGCUAAUCCAAAGGGUUGUACCACUUGCUUUUGUUUUGGAGUCACCAAUAACUGUCACAGUACAAAUAAACAUACAGUUAAGUUUGUUGAUAUGAGGAACUGGCACCUAGAAGAAAUGGAUGGUACAAAUAUCCCUAUCACUUUCAAUCCAGGCAGCAAUAGCGUUGUUGCUGAUGUUCAAGAGCUGCCUCCCUCGGUGGAGAAUUUGUACUGGGUGGCACCACUAACAUAUUUGGGAGAAAAGCUUUCUUCAUAUGGUGGCUACCUGAAUUACCAGGUGAAAACCUUUGGUUUACCUAAUGAAGGCAUGACUUUACUGGAAAAAAGACCUGAUGUGCUGCUAAUAGGACAGCAAAUGAAAAUAAUCUAUGUGGAUCCUAACAAUCCUUUGCCUGGCAGACAGUAUUAUGGAUCGGUUCAACUAGUUGAGGGAAACUUCAGACAUGCAAACACCAAUAAAGUGGUAUCUCGAGAAGAGCUGAUGACGAUCCUGUCUAGACUAGAUGGAUUACACAUCAGAGGGCUGUAUUUCACAGAAUCUCAGCGGUUAACAUUGGGUGAGGUUGGACUGGAAGAAGCCACCAGGACAGGAACUGGCAAUGUUGCCUAUAAUGUAGAGACCUGUUCCUGCCCUCCUCAGUAUGUUGGUGAUUCAUGUCAGGAAUGCAGCCCUGGAUUUUAUCGAGAAAGCAAAGGACGAUGUAUUCCUUGCAAUUGUAAUGGAAAUGCAAAUAGAUGCCACGAUGGCUCUGGAAUUUGUAUCAACUGCCAACGUAAUACUGCGGGGAAGAAGUGUGAACAUUGUAAAGAAGGCUACUUUGGAGAUGCUAUUCAAGGAACGUGCAGGGAAUGCCGUUGCCCUUACUCAAACAGUUUUGCUGUUGGCUGUGUGGAAAACAAUGGAGAAAUGCAGUGCUUCUGCAAGGAAGGCUAUGCCGGAGUGCACUGUGAAAAUUGUGCUCCUGGAUAUUUUGGAAACCUACUGAGAUAUGGAGGAUACUGUCAGAAGUGUAAUUGUCCUGAUAAUGGUCAACUUGUGAGCUGUGAUCACCUAACUGGGGAAUGCACAGGUCAAGAACCGAAAGAUGUAGAUCCUCAUGAAGACUGUGAUUCUUGUGAUAGCUGUGUAAUUACUUUGCUGAAAGAUUUGAGUACAAUGAGCGAUGAGCUCCAUCUGAUUAAGUCCCAGAUGCAGAAUCUCAAUGCCAAUGCCCAUGCGCUGGAGCAGAUGAAGAAUCUGGAAAACCGUGCCAAGGACCUAAAGACUCAGCUGAACCACUAUCGUUCCAAUAUUAAGACUCAGAGCACAAAGGUGGAUGAACUGGAGACAGACUUGAUUGACCUUAAUCAAAACGUUAAUGCUUUAAGAGAAAAGGCUGAAAUGAAUUACAGAAAAGCAGAGACACUGUUCAAUAAUUUUAGUAAGACUAACCAAAGAGGAAAAGACUUGAUUUCAAAGAUACAAAGUAUUGUUACCAAUAUCAAUGUUCUCCUGGAACAGGUAGCUGGUAUUUCUGCAGAAGGAAAUUCUUUGCCUGUGGGAGAUGCUGCCAAAGACCUGGCUAGAGCUCAGCAAAUGGUCACAGAGAUGCGAAACCGUCAUUUUGGCCAACAGCAGCUAGAAGCAGAAAAGGAGAAAAGAAAAGCUGAGAAUUUGCUGAAUCGUGUAAGAAAUGAACUACAAAAGCAUCAGGAGAAAAACCAAGGCCUAAUUAAAAUGAUAAGGGAUUCAUUAAAUGGUUAUGAAUCCAAACUCAGUGAUCUUCGUGAAUCUUUGAAGGAAGCAAAGGAAAAAACCAAACUGGCUGACAGUUUGAACAGAGAGAAUAAAGUACUCUUAGAAGAUGUUAAGAGACGGAUUGAUGAGAUGACAAUACAACAAAGCAACAUAUUGGAUCAUCUGAGUUCUGCCGAAGCAGCUUUGUCUCAAACAAACCGGGUAUUUGGACUGCUGCAGAGGAGUAAGGAGGAAUAUGAAAAUUUAGGGGCCCAGUUUGAUGGUGCAAGGAAGGAUCUGUUGGAAAAGCUGAGGAGUCUUUCUUUAGCUGGCAGCAAGACGCCUCUUGUGGUGAGGGCUGAAGAACAUGCCAACUCUUUACAAGACCUGGCAAGACAGCUGGACGAGCUCAAGAAAAAUGCAAGUAACGAUGAUUUGGUGAGGUGUGCUGUGGAAGCAGCUUCUGCCUAUGAGAAUAUUAUCAAUGCCAUCAAGGCAGCGGAGGCAGCUGCCAACAGAGCAGCCAAUGCUGCAGAUUCAGCGUUAUCAACAAUGGACAAAAAUGACCUAGCAGGGAAGGCGAGGAGACUGAAGACUGACAGUGGCAAUCUGUUAAAUCAAGCACAGGAGGCCCAAAAAACAUUAGAAGGAAUCAGUCCAGCUCUUGAAAAUUUAAACAGCAGAGUUGGGGACGCUCAGCACAUGAAGAAUUCUAUACAGGGAGAACUUGGAACCCUCCAAAAUGGCCUUCAGGGGAUAAACAGAGAGGAUAUAGAAAACAUGAUUACCAAUGCGAAAGACGUGGCCCAAAAUGCCAAAGAUGUUACUGCCAACGUACUAGAAGAACUGGACCCAAUUAAAACAGAUGUUGAAAAUAUUAAAAAUACAUAUGAAAGCAUGCAUAGUGCUGACUUUCACUCAGCUUUGAUAGAGGCAAACAAUUCAGUAACAAACUUAACAAACAUCCUCCCGGAUCUAUUUAACAAGAUUACAAGCAUCAACGAACAACUUAUGCCAAUAGGCAACAUAUCUGAGAAUCUAAACCGCAUUCGAGAGCUCAUCCAACAAGCUAGAGAUGCUGCAAACAAGGUUGCUAUUCCCAUGAGGUUCAAUGGCAGUGCUGGAGUUGAGGUUCGACCUCCAAGCAUUCUAGAGGACCUGAAAGGCUAUACUUCAUUUUCUUUAUAUCUUCAAAGGCCUACCUCAAGAUUGGAUACCCCACGAACUUCCAACAUGUUUGUUAUGUACUUGGGUAACAAAGAUAGUUCCAAGGACUAUAUAGGCAUGGCUGUUCGACGCAGCCGUCUUAUUUGUGCCUAUAGUUUAGGUGGAAACGAAGCUGAGAUCGAAGUCUCCGAACCAGUAUAUCAGAGUGAGACUAAGGAUGCCAUUUUGGAUCAUGUGAAAUUUGAGAGAAUCUAUCAGUAUGCAAAGUUGAAUUACAUUAAAGGGGCAACCUCCUCUUCCCCCUCAAGCCUUGGUCCUUUUAAUAGCAGCAGUGGAAGUUCUCACACCCUCCUCAACCUGGAUCCCGGCAAUGUGGUCUUCUAUGUGGGGGGAUACCCAGAAGACUUUACACCUCCUAGCACCCUAGACUUCCCUCGUUAUGAAGGCUGCAUCGAAUUAGAUAGUUUAAAUGAAAGAGUAAUCAGCUUGUACAACUUCAAGAGAACUUUUAAUCUCAAUACAACGGAAGUGCAACCAUGUAGAAGAUAUCAAGAACAAUCAGCUAGGACUUAUUUUGAAGGUACAGGAUAUGCACAUGUUAAACCUUCAUUGCCAAAUACACCUUCAUCAAGUUUUCGAUAUGAGCAAACCAUUCAAACAACUGCAGAUGAAGGAUUAGUAUUUUUUGCAGAAAACCAGGAUGAAUUCCUUAGUUUGAGGAUUGAAAAUGGUCAUCUAGUAAUCAGAUAUAAAGUUGGUUCACAACCUCCAAAAGAAAGAAAAUCUGGAGAGGUUGUAAAUAAUGGAAUGGAUCAACCAAUUGGUAUAGUCAUUGUUCAAAAAAAGAUUGUCCUGGUUUUAAAGUCUGCACCACCUUUAGAAAUAGAUAAUGUGACUUUAUUCCGCUUUGAUUCAUAUUAUUUGGGUGGAAUCCCUUCAUCUCUAAGAGAACGCUUUAAUAUAUCAACACCUCCGUUUCGUGGGUGCAUGAUGAAUUGGAGAACCUCUUUUGAUGCUUCCCCUAACUUCUCUGAUACUCUUGGCGUCAGCAGAAAGUGUUCCGAUGAUUGGAAGCUUGUAAGAACUGCAACUUUUUCCAAGAAUGGAGUACUUGAUUUGAGUGAUGAUGGUUUCCCAUUUCCCAAUGAAUUCCAAGUUGGAUUCGGCUUUCAAACAUUGGCGGAUGGAACAUUAUUCAAUUAUAAUUUACGGCCUGAUGUGCUGUCUGUUCUCUUGAGGAAUGGUUUUGUAAUUAUAAGGUUAGCUGAUGAAGAACACCAGUCUAGCAAGACAUAUGAAGAUGGUUCAAUGCAUUAUGUAACUGUGAUGAAACAAGGUGACAAACUAAGGUUGCUGGUUGAUGAUGUGCCUGAAUCAACAAUAGAGGGAACCUUUGGAAGGAAAACUUUGAGUCGACCAAUAGAACUGGGCGGGAAUAAUUUUGAAGGGUGCAUUUCCAAUGUCUUCAUACAAAGAACAGGACACAGUCCCCAGGUUCAAAAUCUAACAAAUUAUACUUCAAAGACUAAUGUAUCCUUAGGUUCUUGUAUGAUAAAGAAGCCACCACAGCUGAUGCUGCUGAAAGAAUUAACAGAUGACUACCGUUCAAAGGUUUUGAAGAAGGAAAAAGCCAUAGUCUACUUGACAGAUGCAAGUGAGCAGCAAAAAAGUGGCAAUUGUCCCUCAGGUGCUCUGUUAAAUUUUGUCACUGGAGCAUAUCACUUUGGGAAUACCCCUGGCACUCAUUUAUUGUUUACAACUUCUCAAAUAUCAUCAAAAGACAGGUCUCAUUUUGCAAUUGAGGUACGGACAUCAUCAUCCAGAGGCUUGAUCUUCUUCAUGGGGGACAAGUUGCAGAGCAGCUACAUGGCUCUUUACCUUUCAAAAGGACGUUAUGUCCUUUCACUUGCUGCUGAAGAUGGGAGGAAGAUAAAAAUCAAAAGCAAAGUCAAAUACAAUGACGGGCAGUGGCAUAAUGUGGCGUUCAGUUUUGCUGAGAAGAAAGCGCGUCUUGUUAUUGAUGGCUUAAGGGCUCAAGAAGGCAAUGUUCCACGUAAUUACUUUGCCAGUAAUGAGUUACCAAUAUAUCUAGGCGGGGUUCCUUCAUUAAGAUUACAGAAUGUACCACAAAAAAGUUUUGUGGGUUGCCUGAGAAACUUUAAUAUUGGAGGAAAACUCACACAUAUUCCUCAUCAGAACAAGGGCAUUGUGCCGUGUUUGGAUAAUGCAUUGGAAAAUGGAGUCUCUUUCUUCAAUGAAGGGGGACAUAUUGUCAUUGAAAAAUCUUUUUUGAUGGGCUUGGACUAUACCAUCGUAUUUAACAUUCGUCCAAGAAGCUCGACUGGUAUUUUAAUCCAUACUGGCAAUACACAAAGGAACUACUUAACUGUUUACAUGGAAGGAGGCACGCUCAUUGCCUCUGGAAAUAAUGGUGCUGGAGAAUUCUCAACAUCUGUCACGCCUCAGCAGCCUCUUUGUGAUGGAAAAUGGCACACGGUAGCAGUAACUCAGAAGCAGAACAUUGUGCAUCUAAAUGUAGAUACAAAGAGUAACUACACAACUGGACCAUCAAGUAUCGUUUCUACCAGACCUGCUCAACCACUUUAUUUUGGGAGAGUUCCAGUUGAUUUGAAAACCCCAUGGCUUCCUGUUCAGAAUGUGUUCCUUGGCUGCCUGAAGGAUGUUAAAAUCAAUGAGAAACUUCACUUAGUCAACAAAAUGUCAGAUGUUCAUGGUAUUGUCAGCUUACAAGGGUGCCCUGUCAAUUAACAGUCUAACAUGCAUCUUCUCAGGGUGAAUUCUCUUAAUGUACUGUACAAAUGGGCACAAUAUGCUUUCACUCUUCUCACCCCUAUGUUAGUCCUGAGAUAUGUGAACAUCAUGGUUUAAGGAUGUAUAUCUGUGGACUAUGUUGCCCUUGUUAGAUUUCUCACAAAAUGCCGUUUGCUUUUCAGCGUACAGUUCACUGUAUCUGACAGAGCCCUUGUGAUAUACAAAAAUACAUAAUGCAAUUUGGUGAGGUUCUGCUCUCGGCCACAGUGAUGCAUAACUAGAGCAAUUGUAUUGACAUAACAACCCCAGUCCUGAGGCUCUUGCCAAAACAAGUACUGCCCAAGUUAGAACGGGAGGAUUUGGGGAGUGCAAGCAGAACUUCAUAAAAAUGCUGGGUUACUGAAUAUGUUCUUUUAUACUGAAAUGUGCAUUACGUAAUUAUAAAAACAAUGUGAGUUUAAGCAGUUUAAAAAGAGUGGGAACCUAGAGGUGACAAUGCUCAGAGGUCUAUGACCAAAUAAAUGCAAUUUGCUU